UCGUAGUACUCGUAAUCAUCAUAUCGAUAUUUACGCCUUGUCAGUUUUGUAACCUGAAUUAGAGCGAAAAAAAGGCAGACGUGCAAACAAUUCGGCCGACCGGUUAACAUUUUCAUACUCGCACAGACUAAUUAUUGUCAAUAUUCCAUCAGGAUCAGGUCGACAAUGGCUAACUUCGCUGACUACACCCGAAAUGAAGAGACUGAGGUCAAUAGCUGGGUACGGUUCGGCUUGCGUCUUGGUGUUAGCGCUGCACUCCAUCCAUUUGAAUACUCAAAGACGCUCAUUCAGAUUGGAUAUGAGCCCAUAGCCGCGAAACCGGGCAAAUCAAUGAUUGGCCGACCCAUUAUGGCCUUGCCAAACAUAUUUCAGUACGCUGGUCAUAUCAGGACGGUGGAUGGCUUUUACGGCUGCUAUCGUGGACUGGCCCCAAAAUUAGCUGGGUCGGUCUUGAGCAUGGUUGUGAGUGAGCGUGUAGCAGAGAAGCUGGGACUUGCUCAUCAGCAGGACAAGGACGAGUCGGAGCUGACUGAAGAGGAGAACUAUGUGCAAUUCAAGUACAAUCUGAAACGCGACAUUGUAUUGACGGUCAGCGGGAUUGUUGUAGCACAUCCUUUCCAUGUGAUUUCGUUGCGUAUGAUGGCACAGUUCGUAGGUCGCGAGAGUCUCUAUAACUCUAUAUUGGGCUCGAUUGCCGAAAUCUGGAAGACCGAAGGAUUAUUGGGCUUCUUUUCUGGCCUGAUCCCCAAGCUGCUGUGCGAUGUAGCCUGUCUAGUGCUAUCCAGCUCCACUGUUUUCGUUGUGAACAAAUACUUCAUCAAGGACAAGAUGGCCAGGCAGUACAAUGCGGGCUUCAUUCAGUUCGUGUACUCUAGUCUGCUCUACCCACUGCAAGUGGUGUCCACAUGCUCCGCAAUCAGCGGAUCCCGCCUUAUGGCCGGCCAACCGCCAAUAAUGCCAAGCUAUAGAAACUGGGUGGACUGUUGGAAUGAUUUGCAGGGUCGCAGAGAGCUGAAGCGCGGCAGCUCGCUCUUCUGGCGCUCGCAAAUAACCGAUUCACGAAUUAUUGCAACAUCCGCCUUUGCCCCACUGCCCAAAUUGUCCCGCUACCAAUAGAUGAAACAUAGAUGCGAAAUACGGUUACGACCACAACGGGAAUAGCCGGAACUACCAUCUACCGAGAGAGUCGCGUCUGCCUGACAAGACAUAAAUGCAUUUCUUUCUCCGUUGCGAUUAUUCAGCAUAAAAUCUAUAUGUUAAAUGGGUUGCUUAAAUUAUUUUUAUGAUCGUCGCGCAACAAGUAACAGCUUAUCUUACCCAUCUCUUUCCUUAUUGGCAUCCAAUGCCUUUCCAAAGAAUCACAUCUGCGAUGAGACUUUCAAUUACUAAUUAAUUAGCCAGCAACUAGCUCGUGUUACUAUUUUAAUCAUGAACAAAUGUAAAAUUAAAAACGUUUUGAGCAAAUGAAACGCUGUCUUAGUCCAGCUUUAGCGGCAAUACCUAAUACAGAUGAUCU